AUGUCGACACCUGAAUCUUUGGACUUGAAACCUGUGAGAGAGCUUUGGGAUCAGAAUCAAAAUAAAAGCCAGGGCAAAUUGCACAAGAAAAAGGGAACAGAGAAUAUCACUCAAGUGAUAGCUGAUGGCAUUCAGGAUGCACUUGUGCACGGUUCCACUGAUAAUAUUGAUAAUAUUAUUUCGGAUUCAAAUCAUGUGAUUGAAAUUUCAGCGACGUCCCUUCGCCAAAAUUCAUCUACAGUCUUGUUACUUGAUUUAGCACAAUUAUUUGAUAAGGCAACCGAUGCUGAACAUUAUACUAUGAAAGCUAACCAGGAAGAAACCUUAUGCUGGAUUAACUAUGGAAAUGAAUUCAUAAUUCAUACACUUAUCAAAGAGACAAAGUCCCAAGAAAACAAUCAAGAUUCGAAACAAGAGACUAAUGUAA